AUGUCUACUCUUGAGAACCCCAAACCCGAGGACAAUCCUCAUCACCCAGCCAGUCCGUAUUUCAUUCAGCCUGGGGAGAAUGCCUCAUCUCCAUUAGUCCCUGAGUUACUCACCACCGAAAACUAUAUUACCUGGUCUCGCUCCAUGCGCAGAGCUCUAAACAUAAAAAAUAAGCUCGGUUUCCUCGAGAGUAAGAUUUCCAAACCUCUGGAUUCAGAUCCUUUGUUCCUCCCAUGGGAAAGAUGCAAUGACAUGAUCAUUGCAUGGCUCCAAAAUUCUGUUGGUCCAGAUCUUCGACCCAUGAUUGCCCAUGCCGAGACAGCAGCAGAGGUAUGGAGUGAUCUCCGUGAGCGCUUCUCUAUAAAGAACGCUCCUCGCAUUUUCCAACUCACGAAGGCCGUGUCUUCCUUAACUCAAGAUACUGAUUCUGUGAGCAUUUAUUACAAUAAGCUCAAAGGGUAUUGGGAUGAACUCGAGGUAUACGAGCCCAUGCCUCUGUGUACCUGCAGAUCUGUCAAGACUCUCAUGGAAUAUCAUCAUUGUCACAAGGUCAUGCAGUUCUUAAUGGGACUUCAGGAUUCCUAUGAUGCUAUCCGUGCUCAAAUACUUUUGUCUGAUCCACUUCCAUCAUUAAACCGUGUUUUUUCUCUCAUUCAACAAGAAGAGAGACGUCGGCAACUCCAUUAUGCACCAACACCAGCACCAACUACGAUGGUCACACGAGGACCAGAUCCAAGGCUUUCGUCGUCCUCACACAAGGAACGUUUAUAUUGCUCUCACUGCAACAUUUCAGGACAUUCCCUUGAGCGUUGUUUCAAAGCUAAUCCCAACCUUCCAGUUUGCUCUCACUGCCGUAUACCAGGCCAUACCAAAGAUAAAUGUUAUCGGUUGAAUGGUUAUCCUUCAAGCCACAAAAAUGGCCCCAAGUCCAAAUACAUUGCUAAUAUUGUUUCUCUUGAGCAGGAGCAAAAUCAUAAUGGCUCGCCCAUUACUCAAGAACAAUAUAGCAAGCUUCUGGCCUUACUCCAACCAUCUUCAUCCUCCACCAUUGACAACACACCUGCAGCUGUAAACCAAGCGCAACUUCUCCACUCCCCCACCAUGUCUGGUAACAGUUCCUGUUUCUUAACACACAACAGCACAAGCACCUCAUCCCCACAGUGGAUUCUCGACACUGGGGCAACAGACCAGAUGGUCUCCAGUCCCAAUUUUUUUACACACAAUAUCACUCGUGUUAGUCACUCAGUUAAACUUCCCAAUGGACCUUUCAACUUUGAUGACGACUAG